AGGCGGCGCUCAGCCUGGUAGAGGCUUACCUGCCGUCGUUCGACCUGAUCAACAUGGUCCAGGCGCUCCACAUAUGUGCGUUGACGGGGAUCGAGGAGGAGAGCCUGAAGAAGCAGAUGCAGGUGAACCCGAACUUCAUAAACCUCUUCCACCGCACCAAGGAGGCUGUCCUGAAGGACGUGGCCGCCGUGGAUCCGAGAACCGCGGGAGACCUCCUCUGGUGCUGUGCGCGCCUCAGCAUCUUCGAUAGCGAGCUCUUCGGCGAGAUCGUGGCCGACGCCACGAAGAGGCUCAGCAGCUACGACUCGCUCAACAUAGCGCUCCUCGUCUUCGCGCUGGGCUACGUGGGCCAGCGCCCCCGGGCCGCGUUCAUGCAGGCCCUCGUGCGGGAGCUCCGUGCGCGCAUCGACGGCGAGUUCAACGGGCAGCAUGUCAGCAUGGUGGUGUACGGCAUGAUGCGCCUUGGCAUCCGCGAUGAGCGGC